AUGUCGGAUAAUGGUUUGCAGGUUUUUGCUGUUCUGGAGUCUCAUGUUCAGACUGCUAACUUGGAUAAGGUGUGUAAAAAAGUGUUUCGGAAUUGGGAGUGGACUUCCAAUGGUAGUUUGUGCGAUAAGGGUACGAGAAUUAUAGUUGGGUGGAAUGCGGAUAAUGUAGAUGUGGUAGUUCUUCAUGCUACUAACCAAGUUAUACAUGCUCAAGCUAAGUUCAAAAAAGAUAAUGCUUUGGUUAAUAUUUCUUUUGUUUAUGCAAGUAACAAUGAUCAAGAAAGGAAGUAUCUCUGGGACUCGCUUAAAAUGCAUAAGGGGGUUGUUCGAUUGGACCCUUGGGUUAUAAUGGGAGAUUUUAAUGUGGUUUUGAACUUAGAGGAUAACUGUAUGGGGACGUCUAAGGUGAAUGCUGCAAUGACGGAUUUUAAUGAGUGUGUGAAAUUUCUUGAAGUCUUUGAUCUUCGAGCCCAUGGGUUACACUACACGUGGAAUCAAAGUCCGAAAAAAGGGAUUGGAAUCCGAAAGAAGCUGGACAGGAUCAUGGCUAAUGUCAGCUUUGUGGAGAAGUUUACUGAUGCGUUUGCGGUGUUUAAGCCGCAUGGUAUUUCGGAUCAUUGUCCGGGCUUGCUAAAACUUCUUAAGGCCACUAAGGUUAAACCUAAACCAUUUAAAUUCAGCAAUUUUUUGACGCAUAAGAAGGAGUUUUUGCAAAUUGUCAUGAAGGGUUGGGAAGCCGAGUUUAUGGGGGUGCCCAUGUUUCGUCUUGUAAAGAAGCUUAGUAUUUCGGAUCAUUGUCCGGGCUUGCUAAAACUUCUUAAGGCCACUAAGGUUAAACCUAAACCAUUUAAAUUCAGCAAUUUUUUGACGCAUAAGAAGGAGUUUUUGCAAAUUGUCAUGAAGGGUUGGGAAGCCGAGUUUAUGGGGGUGCCCAUGUUUCGUCUUGUAAAGAAGCUUAGAGGCCUUAAAAGUCCGCUAAGAUCGUUACUAAAAAAACAAGGGAACAUACAUAAAAAAGUAAUACACUUGAAGGUAGAGUUGGACUCGUUGCAAAGUAAGCUGGACGCUGACCCGUUUAAUUUAUUACUCAAAGAAGCUGAAUCCGUUUGUGUUAAGAAAUAUUUGGAGGCAACGAUGGAUGAAGAACGUUUUCUGAAACAGAAGGCAAAACAGAAAUGGUUGGAAGCUGGAGACUCUAAUACCAAAUUCUUUCAUAAUGUGGUCAAAUGUCGCAAUCAUUUUAACAAAAUAAACAUUAUUAAAGAUAUCUCGGGUAAUACUCAUGAAGGGGAUGGAGUCUCAAUGGCCUUAGUUAAUCAUUUCCGUGAUUUUCUGGGAUCGGAAGGGAACUCGGUUAGCCGAGUGGAUCGAGAUGUGUUUUCAACCAUCGUUAAUCAAAGUGUGGCAGAUUAUAUGUGUAGACAAGUGACUCCGGAUGAAGUGAAAGCGGCAAUUUUUUCAAUUAACGAAAACAAGGCUCCGGGGCCGGAUGGGUACUCGUCCGAUUUCUUCAAGAAGUCAUGGCAUAUUGUCGGUAAUGAGGUAACGAAUGCUAUUAUUGAUUUCUUUGAGUCAGGUAGACUUCUUCAGGAGAUAAAUCACACGUUUUUAGCUCUCAUUCCUAAAGUUCCAACGCCGGGAGUGGUCACGGAUUAUAGGCCAAUUUCGUGUUGUAAUGUGGUCUACAAAGCGAUUAGUAAGAUUCUUACAGCAAGGAUGCUGGAAGGUUUAAAGGAUAUCAUAAGUGAAAAUCAAUCGGCUUUUGUCCCGGGUAGGAGGAUAGCGGAUAAUAUAAUGUUGACUCAAGAAUUAAUGCAUAAUUAUCAUCGUCAACUGGGUCCUCCUCGAUGUGCUAUGAAAGUCGAUAUUCAAAAGGCGUAUGAUACUGUGGAUUGGAGAUUUCUUCGUGAUGUCUUGCAUGGGUUUGGGUUCCGGCAUCGGUUUAUUGGUUGGAUCAUGGAGUGCAUCACUACUACAUCCUUUUCCUUGAGUGUGAAUGGCAAUGUUCAUGGCUAUUUCAAAGGAAAGCGGGGGUUGCGGCAAGGGGAUCCUAUGUCCCCCUAUUUAUUCACUAUGGUCAUGGAAGUGUUAACUCUGAUUCUUAACAAAGCCGCUGAAUUGGACUCUUCGUUUAGGUUCCAUAAUAAAUGUGAGAAGCAAAUGAUAAUUAACGUGUGUUUUGCUGAUGAUCUAUUCUUGUUUACCAGAGGUGAUGUUGGCUCGGUUAAGGUAAUCAUGCGCUCUUUGCAAAAGUUUGAGAAGGUUUCUGGCUUAGUUCCUAGCAAUACAAAAAGCACAAUAUUCUUUUGUAAUGUUCCUUUAGCUACUAAGAACAGAAUCGUAGAUAUGGUACCUUUCGAUGAAGGGAAACUUCCUAUCAAAUAUUUAGGAGUUCCUCUUCUUGCUUCUCGUCUCUUGAUCAAAGAUUGCAAAAUUUUGGUGGAGCGUAUGUCUAAACGUAUUAAUGACUGGAAGAACAGAUUCCUUUCAUUUGCGGGAAGACUUCAGUUAGUUCUAUCGGUUCUAUCCGCUAUUCAUGUUUACUGGGCUUCUGUUUUCGUCUUACCGGCUAGUAUCAUCAAGGAGCUAGAAACCAAGAUGAAACAUUUCUUAUGGGGUCAGGGUAUGGGUGCAAAAGGUAGAGCAAAAGUAGCUUGGAAGGAGGUAUGUCUGCCAAAGCUGGAAGGCGGGUUGGGCAUUAGACGGAUAUCGGAUGUUAAUAAAUCCUUGAUGGCUUAUCACAUCUAUAGCAUUGCUUCGGGUAGGAAGUCGUUAUGGACAAACUGGAUCGUUUUGCAUAGGCUUCGUGGUCGGUGCCUAUGGGAUAUUCCGAUUCACUCCAACUCUCCGUGGGGAUGGAAAAAGUUAUUGAAGUACCGGGAUAAAUUCCGUAACCACGUGUGGACUAAAGUUGGAAAUGGAAAUAACACUUUCUUAUGGUUCGAUAAAUGGACGGAUGAAUGCCCUCUUAGUCAGCUGGUGUCCCCGCGUCAGAUGGCCAGGUAUGGGUUCUCAAUAAAGUCGAAAAUAAAAGAUGCGUUUAUUGAUGGGCAAUGGGUGUGGCCGGAAGAUUGGAGGAGUGUUUUUCCGACUCUAUUCCAACUUAGGCCGCUGGUGAUAUCCGAAUUACAAGACAAGAUCUUAUGGAAGAAACAUGAUGGGAAGCUUGUUCCGUUUUCUUCGAAGGAAGUGUGGGAUGCUGUCCGGGUCCGAGACCAGCCAAAAGCUUGGGCCAAAGUGGUAUGGUCAUCUUUCAACAUCCCGAAACAUUCAUUUCUGUGCUGGCUUAUAUUUAAGAGGAAACUUUGGACUCAAGAUCGGAUAUUGAGAUGGAAUCAUGCUGUUACGGGAUCAAUGAAUCUUAUGUGCUGUUUGCUUUGUUAUUCGGAGAUAGAGACUCAUGAGCAUUUGUUUUUUGAAUGCCAAUACUCGUCAUCGGUAUGGCAUAAAGUCCGGCAGAAAGCUUGCAUGGAAUCGGUUCAACACUCUUGGGAUGAAAUCUCGGCUUGGUUGGUAGCUAGAGCUAAGUCGAAGUCAGUGGAGUCUAUAGCGGGUAGAUUGGUGGUUGCGGCUACUGCUUAUGCUAUUUGGUGUGAACGGAAUUCAAAAUUUUUUAAUAACCGAUUGCGACCGCCAGAAAAAGUGGCUGACUUUAUUAUCGACACAGUUCGAGCCAAGUUAAUCGCUUUCAAGUACCAGCAUACGACAAAAGUGAAGAAAUUCUUGGAAGAAUGGAAGAUGGACAAGGAAGAUUUCCUGGAUGAUGAUUGA